AUGCCACCAAAGAAGAAGGAUGAUGGGGAGAAACCCCCACCUCUCAUUGGCAGAGUUGGAACCAAUCUAAAAAUUGGAAUUGUAGGUCUGCCAAAUGUAGGGAAGUCAACAUUUUUCAAUUGCUUGACAAAAAGUGAGGCCCAAGCAGAAAAUUUUCCAUUUUGUACAAUUGAUCCAAAUGAAAGUCGAGUGCCUGUUCCUGAUAAAAGAUUUGAUUACCUUUGUCAGUUCUAUGAGCCUCUGAGCAAGGUACCAGCCUACCUCAAUGUUGUGGACAUCGCUGGUCUGGUCAAAGGAGCUCAUGAGGGCAAGGGUUUAGGAAAUGCUUUCUUGUCUAACAUUAGUGCUUGCGACGCUAUCUUCCAUGUUAUUCGUGCAUUCUCAGACGAAGAAAUUAUCCAUGUUGAGGGUGAUGUCGACCCGUCCCGUGACUUGGAGAUCAUUCAUGAUGAGAUCCGGCUGAAAGAUUUAGAAUACCUGAGCAAACACUUUGAGCCACUGGAGAGAAGUGUGACUAGAGGUGGAGCAGACAAGAAGAAGAAGGAAGAAUUUGAAGUGUUAAAAAAGGUGCAGGAUCUUCUGAAUGACAACAAAUGGGUGCGCAAUAGUCAUUGGGAUCCCAGGGAGAUUGAAAUUUUAAAUCAACAUUUAUUUUUAACCUCCAAACCUGUCAUUUACCUGGUCAACUUGUCAGAGAAGGACUACAUUAGGAAAAAAAAUAAAUGGCUGCUUAAAAUAAAGGAGUGGAUUGAUGCCAAGGAUCAUGGGGCUACAGUUAUUCUGUUCAGUGGAGCUUUGGAACUCAAGCUGCUGGAAAUGGCCACUCAGGAGGAAAGAGAUGCAUAUUUGAAGGAGCAUGAAACUUCCAGUGCCCUGGAGAAGAUUAUUGUGAAUGGCUACAAGGCUCUGAACCUAAUCUACUUCUUCACGGCAGGCAAGGACGAGGUCAAGGCUUGGACGAUUCAAGUGGGUACCAAGGCCCCUGGGGCUGCUGGACGAAUCCACACCGACUUUGAGAAAGGUUUUAUUAUGGCAGAAGUCAUGGCCUACGAUGACUUCUUUGAACACAAGACAGAGAAUGAAGUGAAGGCGGCUGGCAAAUACAAGCAGAAAGGACGGGAUUAUGUUGUUCAAGAUGGAGACAUUAUCUUCUUUAAAUUUAACGCUGGCGCUGGACUCACAGGAAAGAAGAAAUAA